GCUUGCUCAUGCACAUUGGAAAUGCUUGAAGGCAUUUGUGGUUUUGGAACUGAGGAGCAAAUAAAACACCUCUGCAGACCUCUAUCAAUCUAUUAAUAGACCAUUAAGAUCACUGUACCUUAUGGGAGGAGAAACACCUGUACUGCUUGUUGCUGGUUCAGGCAGUGGUCAUUAGAUUGGGGUGGUUAAGCUGGAGGAUGAUCACUGGACAGCCUGUCUGCAUGGUGCCUCAGACUUUCUGGGCUUUGCCACAACAUCAGCCUGCAUUUGUGUAUUACUUGCAGAGCAAGGAGAUGGUUUCAGAGACUCUCAUCACAGCAUAGCUGAAGCAGGGAGAGCUUUGCUGUCUUUUAUUUUAUGAGGAGAUAAAUAGCCCUCCUCAUUUGCCAGCACCUUUUCACUUUGGGGUUUGGCUGGGACUUUGGGUUAAGUGCCAUUCUCACAAGCAUCCCAGACCAAAGGGUUGGCUAAUCGUGCAAGGGGAAAAUAUGCCCUUGAGGCGAUGGUGUGGGACUGUGGGGCUGAGUCUGUGUUGAGACCCUCUGCUAGAGGCUUCCCUUGCAUCUCGGGAGAAGUCUGGCUGAAGUGGCCCCAGUCUUGAGCAUCUCUGCUCUUGGAGAGGCAGUAAGGCAUCUGUCCUGGGACAUGGGCAGUCCAACACACUCACACUGCGAGGACUUGCCAGAGGCUGGUUGCUGCCUGGCUCACGCAGCUCCUGAGGUCACCAGGAGCCAGGAAGGGCUGAAUCUUGCAGUGGGUGCUCCCAAGCAGAAUGGGGUUCUUGGGGCAAACAAACACACAGCACCUGCAAAAUGCAGUGCUCCUCAGCUUGCUGUCUUGCUCUAAGCCCUGGCUGCUCCCAGCUGGUUUCACCACCUGCUGACCCAGCUUUCUCUCUGAACUGGAUGUGUGCCUUCUGCCUUACCCGCUCCUGCCUCUGCCUUCUUUGCCUAUUGCAGGCUGAGGGCCACGACUGCCCAAGCCCUGCUCAUGGUGUGAGUGGGACCUCAUGGAGUCAGUGCUGGCUGAUGAGCCUGGUCUUGAAGCAGGACGUGCCUGGUUUGUACAACAGCAAAUGCGAGAAAGGCAGACUUGGCCCAGAAGAGUUUACAGUCGACAUCUCUGGCUGUAACGCAGCAGGUCAACACUGGUUCCUAAAUGGCCUCAGGUAUGGAUGGGAAGAAAUGCAGCAUAUGGAUGUUUUUACCUCUUGUGUUUACCUUGUUUACAUCAGCUGGAUUAUGGAUAGUGUACUUUAUAGCAGUGGAAGAUAACAAAAUUCUCCCACUAAAUGUACCGGAUAGGAAACCUGGUUCCAAAAGACCACCUUAUAUAAGUAUUGCAGGUGAUGCACCUCCUGCAAGCUGCGUGUUUAGCCAAGUCAUGAACAUGGCGGCAUUUCUAGCGCUUGUCGUGGCUGUGCUGCGCUUCAUUCAGCUGAAGCCAAAGGUGCUAAACCCUUGGCUGAACAUCAGCGGCCUGGUGGCGUUAUGCUUGGCCUCUUUUGGGAUGACUCUACUCGGCAACUUUCAGCUUUCCAAUGAUGAGGAGAUCCACAAUGUGGGCACGUCGCUGACCUUUGGCUUUGGGACCUUGGCAUGCUGGAUCCAGUCUGCCCUCACCCUCAAGAUCAACCUGAAGAACGAGGGACGGAAAGUUGGGAUUCCACGAGUCGCCUUGUCAGCCAGCAUCACCCUCUGUGUGGUACUCUAUUUCAUCCUCAUGGCACAGGGCAUUCACAUGCAUGCUUCCAGGAUUCAGUGGGGCCUGGUGAUGUGCUUCCUGUGCUACUUUGGCACCUUUGCAGUGGAGUUCAGGCACUACAGAUUUGAGAUUGUUUGCUCCGAGUACCAGGAAAACUUUCUGAGCUUUUCCGAAAGCUUAUCAGAAGCCUCCGAGUACCAGACAGAUCAGGUGUAGCCUGUCCUCUGGUGGGGGGGAGGGGGGCAGGUGUGGUCUCAUGGGUUAAAGAUGACCUCAUUUACACUUUUUUGAUGAGUUUGUUUUCAUGUGCAAUCAUGAUUGUAUUGCCAAAGGGCUCUGAGGGUGGCUGUCUCAUUAAGAGCCAAACAAAAAUAACUGUCUGCUGGAAGAGGAGUGGAUCCUUCUCAGCAGCAGCAUAAGAGAGCACAAGCUGUUUAGUUUGUGCUACCAGUGACUCUUUCUGAGUGGCUCUGUCACACUCCUGUUCAAAACAUUCAACAGCCAUUUGUCGUGAUGCCCCUCUGAGACAGGCACUCCUCAGCCUGGUCUGCAGAGGAGAUGAAGGAAACAAACUUCCCCGGGCACCAAGAGUCUUCAGGAGUUGCUGGUUCCCGAGUCACAAGACCGCAUCUUUUGUGUGUUUCUUGCGUUGUUUUCUUUGCUGCCAACUGGUGUGUAACUUGGUAGGGUGAGAAGGAGCAGCUGUUUCUUCUGGACUUGGAAUUGGGCAGUGGAAGACCCCAACUUGACUGGCUUUUACGGUGAGCAGGCAGGCAUUUCUUCCAGCCUGGAAAGCAGCCGAUGGUAAAGCUGGUUUUGGGAGAAACUGUGCUGUGAUCAGGAAGCAAGACUUGGCUGAUGCUGCCUUGUAGCUGGGCAGACUGUUCCCAGGCCAGAGGAGAUGGCACAGUGGGGUGCUGUGCUCAGCUUCGUGUUUCAGACUCAAUGGUGGGGACUGGUGGAAGCAAGAUGCUGAAUUAAGAUGGGAAUGCCUGUGUGUUCUGAAGCUGACGCAGAAAAGGCUGCUCUUUGUGUGUAGUACUUCCACCACUUAUUGAGUGUAGGAUUUCAAAAGCUUUGUUUUUGUUCACUGAGGGGGAAGACAUUGUGUUAGAGACACUGGGCUCACCUGCAAUGAUAAUAGAACUGUUGCAGGUCGUUCUGGGCAUAGGGUUUGGUUUUGCUCCUUGUGCACUUAGAAGUCAAACUUCAGACACGCUGACACUAGGCCUGGGCUCUGGACCCCUCAGUAUGGCUAGCUGUCCUGAGUAGCGUCUGCCACAGGUUUAAGCAGGCUUCCAAGGUGCAGGAAGGCAGUUCUGCCCCCGGAGGUUGGGUGAUGUGGCCUUGAGGGCUGGAGGUGCAGGAAGGGAACAGCAAAACCAGAAGGGCUGCUUCUUCCCUGAAAGGAGGUUUUCAAACAGAAGGUCUGUUUUCAAAGAAAAAGCAGGAGCUCAAAGCCCCUAUUUGAAAACCUGAUUUUGGGAAGGCUGCUGUAUUGGACGGGCAGGAGAGCAAUGGGAGUUGCUUCUUAUGAACAUGGCUCCUGUUUUCCUCCACGAGUCAGGCUCAGCUUAGGUUUGCAUCUUGUCUGAGCUGCAGGAAAAUAAAGAGAAAUUAAAAUGGUGGCAAAAGGCAUUUGAAGGGGAACUCGUCCUGCACUGUGGCAUUUCUGACAGAGAGGGAAAAGGCACGAAGGAAUUCAGUCUUCUGCAAAGGUCAGAGGCCUCUCCUGAAAGGCAAGACUGUUGAGAAAAACUUCUGUCAAAACUAGUGCAAGUAGAAAGCUUUCAGCCAGCUCUUUACUUUAUCUUCUGUGGGCCAAAAUUUGUUCUCAGGCAGCCGUGUUAUAAAUCCAGAGCGUCUCCAGCCAAUGGAGGGUUAUUGCUGGACCGCUGAAGACCUCCUCCUUGUAGCUGUGUCGUUAGUGGGAAGCCUUCCUGGAGGGAUGUGCCAAGGCUGGCCCAAGUGCACAGCAGUGUAAGGCACAGGGCUCCCCAUCCAGGGAGCUCCUCCUGGGCAAGCGCAGGAGGGCAUAGCCUGGAGAAGAUGCAGGUGGGGAUCCUCUUACACAGGCACACACACUCAAUGCAUAUGGAGCACAAAAUAGUGAUUUGUUUUAAGGGUGUUUUACUGUAAAUAGUCCACCGUAACUUUUUAAAAAAAAUCAGUUAAUACUUUCAGUUUAUCAUUUUAUAUUUUGUAAUUUUAUCAAAGGAAAAAAAGAUGAUGUUUGUGAUUUUAUUUUUUUUUUCUUUCUCUCCUUUUCCUAUAUGCAAUCCAAACUGAACUUCAGGGUUUUGGUGAUAACUCUGUACAUUUCUUAGGGUAUUUCUAACAGCACAUUUCAGUACAACUAAACGACAGCUGAUACACACUGAAACAUGACCACUAAAUAAAGUGCUUUUAUGGAGAAA